AUGUACAACGAGCCGAGCUUGAUGCAGCGCCCCGAAGUCCUGUUACGGAGCGACAAACUGGCAAAACCGCGAGUGGAAAACCAGAGGGCUGCAGUUCGAGAAGGAGAUGACGAAUCUGGUUUUGAUGCAAAAGAAGACAAGAGGCUUUCGGAAAGGUUAGCUGGACCCAUGAAGGCCGGUAAGGUGCUUAAGUUGGUUUUCGACUAG